AUGACGCCUAAAACUUUCAAUUUUCCCGCCAAACGCACAACCGCUCUUUUCCUCCUAGCCGCAACUGCCGCCGUCGCACAAAGUACCAACUCUGCCGUGUCUUCUCCUCUAUCGGCACUCUCCGCCGAUAAAAUUGGAGCCGAAAUCCGCGGCCUCGUCCGCACCGCUCGUGCCGUCUCAACGGUCGCUUCCACUGUUGUUGACUACGAAUUCUCUUUGCGCGGACUUCAAAAGGGCUCCGACCAGUACCGUCUAACGAUUUCUCAGGUGCAUCUACGCUCUGCCAAGAGGUUUCUCAAGUUAUGCGAAGUCAACAAAGGGUUUUAUGUGAAGGCUGGACAGUUCGUUGCGGCGCAGAAAGUGCUUCCUAGAGAGUACUCGUCCACUUUGUCUUCGUUACAGGACCGGGUCGCUCCUCUUCCUUUUAAAAUUGUCGGGGAAGUAUUAAAGAAUAGUUUCGGACCUGAUUUCUCUGAUAUGUUUUUGUCAAUUGAUGAACAACCUAUAGCUGCUGCAUCUAUUGCUCAAGUUCACCGUGCAGUGCUGAAAAGUGGUUAUGAAGUAGCCAUCAAGUUAUACCCUCAAUACAAGCUCGAGUGGCUACCAUUAGCAUUUUCUAAGUCUCUGUCUUCAGAACUUGCUAAGGAUGCAAAUUUUAUUCAGGAGGCAAGGAAUUCUGAAAUAGCAGCCAAAACUUUAAGAAAUAACAAAAUGGUCAGAGUUCCUCAUGUAUUCUGGGACAUGACAACAAGGCUUGUCCUAACCAUGCAGUUUUAUACAGGACACAAGAUUGAUGACUUGGAUUUUCUGAAUCAGAUUGGGGUUGAUCCAGAAAAGGUAGCAAAAUCACUGACUGAGCUAUUUGCUGAAAUGAUAUUUGUACAUGGUUACAUUCAUGGUGAUCCUCACCCUGUUCUUCUAGAUCAUGCAGCCUACACGGUAUUGGAUGAAGAAUUUAGAAAAGAUUUCUGUCAGUUAUGGGAAGCCUUGGUUCUCAAGGAUUCAAUGAAAACAAUUUGGUUUGGUGAGCGAUUAGGUGCUGGGAAGUAUUCCAGAUACUUACCCAUCGUUUUCACUGGAACAACCAUUGAAAGCAAAUAUGCUGUUGGAAUGUCAAUUGAAGAAAAAGAGACCUUGAAACACGAAUUGAAAUCUCUGUUGUUUGAGGACUUAAAUUCAUUCAUGGAGUCUCUGCCCCCAGAUUUUAUAGCUAUAAUGCGUGUAGAUGCCAUGAUAAGGUCUAUCAUUAGAAAGAUGGAUGCCUCACGGGUCAUGCGGUUGCUAACUUACACCAAAUAUGCUGUUUAUGGUAGUCUCUGUCCAAAAUUGGAUGGUGAAGGUGAAUCAUGUAAAAUACUCGGAACAAACUUCUAUUUUGCUGUGAAAGCUGGUUUUUUCAGUUUCAUAUCAACGUUAAAAUAUGUUCGGAUCCUAAUAAAGGUCCUUGUAGGGGCCAUUGAUGUUAUCCCUUGGCAGCAGAAGUUGAAGGGUGUGCAGAAUUACUUGUAUAGCAAGCUCAAUUGUGACUCGUUGGGCUUCGUGGUGCAUUGUGUUUUUCUUCUUCUAUGCAUCCGUCCUACUGCAUUGUUUUAA